AUGGGCAAGCUUCAGAAGGCGGGAAAGACGGGCAAUGCGGCGCAGUAUUUGACGCGCAAUCAGGCGUUGAAGAAACUGCAGCUGAAGCUGCAUGACUUCCGGCGCCUGUGCAUCCUCAAGGGCGUGCACCCGCGCGAGCCGAAGAAGAAACCGCACGGCCGGCACAAGACCUACUACCACGUCAAAGACAUCAACUUCCUGCUGCACGAGCCCCUCCUCGAGCGCUUCCGCGAGAUCCGCGCGUACGAGCGCAAGAUUCGGCGCGCCCUGGGGCGGAAGAACCGGGAACUGGCUGACCGACUGAAAACGCGCCGCCCGGGGUACCGCCUGGACCACCUGGUGCGCGAGCGGUACCCGUCGUUCGUCGACGCGGUCCGCGACCUCGACGACCCGCUCUCGAUGCUGCACCUCUUCGCGGCGCUGCCCGCGGAGCGUCGGUUCGAGAUUCCGCAAAAGCAGGUCGAGGCCGCCCGGCGGCUGGUGCUGGAGUUCCAGGCGUGGGUGGUGAAGACGAACGCGCUGCGGAAGGUCUUCGUGAGCGUCAAGGGCACCUACUACCAGGCCGAGGUCAUGGGGGAGUCGGUCACGUGGCUGACGCCGCACGCCCUGAGUCAGGCGCUCCCGUCCGACGUGGACUACCGCGUCAUGCUCACCUUCCUCGAGUUCUACAUCACGCUCGCCAAGUUCGUCAACUUCAAGCUCUACCACGCCCUCGGCGUGCGCUACCCGCCCAUCCUCGACGACAAGCUCGAUCGCGCAGCCGCGGGCCUCGAGGCGCUGAUGCGCGACAUCGAGGGCGACGGCGACGGCGAGGAGGGCGACGGGAGCGACGGGAGCGAGCUGGAGCCGGACAGCGGCAGCGAGGACGGGGACGGUGGGAGCGAGGAGGGGGAUGGUGGGGAGGGGGAGGGGGGGGGUGUUGGGCAGGGGAAGAAGCUGGUGGGCGGGUCGGCGAACGCGCAGGCGGAUGACGACGCGGAGAUCUGCCGGACGCUGUUCCGCGGGCUGGUGUUCUACCUCGGGCGAGAGACCCCCCGGGAGAUGCUGACGUUCGUCAUCCGCAGCUUCGGGGGCGUCGCGGGGUGGGACGGCGAGGGGUCGCCGGUGACCGAGCGCGACCCGUCCGUGACGCACCACGUCGUGGACCGCCCCCAGCAGGGCCACAGGUACCUAUCGCGGGAGUACGUGCAACCUCAGUGGGUGCUCGACUCGGCCAACUUCCGGUGCAUGGCUCCGACGGAGCUGUACGCGCCCGGGCGCGUGCCCCCGCCGCACCUGAGUCCGUUCGUGGACGACGAGGAGGAGGGCUACGUGCCGGACCACGCGCGCGUGAUGAAGAAGCUGCAGCAGGUGGCGGCGGCGGCGCGGCGGCAGGGGCUGACGGCGGAGGGCGGGUUCGUGGACGACGAGGCCGCGGAGGACGCCGCGGAGGACGCGGCUGCGGCCGGCGCGGCCGGCGGCGGCGACGCCGGCGCGGCGGCCGCGCUCGAGCGCAGGUACAACAGGGAGCUGACGAAGGAGCUAGGGGGGGGUGUUAAGGACGGGGCCCCGGCGGAGGCGAUCGACGAGGACGAGGAGGAGGACGACGCGUCCGACGAGGCGGAGUCCGACGAGGCGGGUGGGUCCAGCGACGACGACGACGGCAGCGCGGAGGAGGAGCUGGGGGCGCCGGCGGCAGGCGGGGGCAGGAAGCGCGGGCGCGGGCCGGUGCCGGGGUCGGGUACGGUGGAGCUGCCGGAGGGCGGGGAGGACGAGGGGCUGGAGGCGGGCGCGGCGGCGCGGUCGCUGAUGACGUCGAAGCAGCGCAAGUUCUACCACCGCAUCAAGGAGGCGCAGCACCACAAGAAGCAGAAAGUCGAGGUGCUGGAGCGGCGGAAGGCGGCGCACGCGGAGGCGGAGGCGCGGCGGAAGGGUCGGCGGGCGCGGGCGUGA